AUGGGCGCCAGCUCUCCCGUGUCGGUGUUCUCCAGCCUUCAUCGCCGCACCACGCAGCAGGUCGCGGUCGCCUGCUACCAACAACCCUCGGACAGCGCCCCGUGCGCUUGCCCGACCGACCUCAACGGUGACAGCGGCGUGCUGAUCAACUACUACCCCGGCUACCAGUGCGCCUACCCGGGGGGUGCUUGCACCUGGGGUGAUAAGGAUGGUGCGUUGCAGAACCCCGGACAGACGAACUGCCCGACCUCCGAAGCGUGCCCUUCGUCCGGAUGCGUCUGCCCCACCGACAACAACGGCGAUGAUGGCGUCCUCAUCAACGAGUUCACCGGCUACCAGUGCGCGUAUGCCGGCGGAGCGUGCACUUGGGACUUCGAUGGUGUCCUUCAGAACCAGGCCCAGACCAACUGCCCGACCCAGGCGAAGUGUGUUGCACCUAGCGAGUAA